UGCGCUCCAUGCUGUUCAUUUCUAGGAAUGUUGAAUAUAAGCAAGAGAUUCCCCUCUUCCCACAGCAGCAGGAAGCCGCAGAGAGCUCGGAGGAUGAGAUUGCCGUAGGCGGGAGUGAGGAUGAUGAUGAUGAUGAUGAUGAUGAUGAUGAUGAUGAUGAUGAUGAUGAUGAUGAUGAUGAUGAUGAUGAUGAUGAUGAUGAUGAUGAUGAUGAUGAUGAUGAUGAUGAUGAUGAUGGUGAUGAUGAUGAUGAUGAUGAUGAUGAUGAGUAAAUCAUAUAAUACUAUGCUAUGCUU